AUGGCUCGUAUCACUCUCUACAAUAUUUUGAUCAGCUGCUUUGUGGCCCUUGGGUCUGGCAGCUACGGCUAUGGCUUUGCGGUUUUCCCAACAAGCACUGGUCAGCCUGGCUUUUAUAGCUACUUUAAUCUUGAUCCCGAGAGCUCCUAUACUGCCAACAUCCUAGGCGCGAUUAAUGCCCUGUUUAACCUUGGCCUUGCACUGGGGGCUUUGGCCCAGGGCUGGCUCGCCGACAAAGUCGGGCGCAAGAAAGCUUUUAUGGUAGCUGCAGUGUGUACACUUAUCGGCGCGGCUCUCGUCACUGGUUCCGUCGCGAUUGGCAUGCUCAUUACGGUUCGCUUGCUGCAUGGAUUUGGGCUCGGCAUGCUUGUUGGGCUUGUCCCGCUCUAUCUCACAGAGACCGCGCCUGCCCGCUCCCGUGGGUUGCUCUUAUGCAUCAACACUUCCUGCAUAUCAAUCGGGUACUUUGUCUGUGCGUGGAUCUCCGUCGGGACAUACUAUUCCGUGAAUGAAACACUACGAUGGAGGAUGCCCCUUGCACUAGCCUGCGUCGGUCCACUGGCAAUGAUUAUUGGUCUUCCUUUCAUCCCAGAGUCGCCAAGAUACUUGGCUUUGGCAGGCAGGAACGACGAAGCUUGGGAGGUUGUACGCACACUUCAUCGAGACCCAACUGAUUUCGAAGAUGAAGCGGCACGAGCAGAGUUUACGCAAAUUAUUCGCCAGACCGAUUAUGAUAAAGAAUUGGGCUACGGUUACAUGAAGAUGUUCACCAGGCCAUCAUGGAGGCGCAGAAGUCUUCUCGCUAUGUUUCUGAUGUUUGCCGUUCAAUCGACGGGAGUCCUAGGUAUCACAAACUUUUUGAUUCUGAUCUUCCAGAACCUGGGAAUGGAGCAUUCCAUGCCUUUGGUUCUAUAUGGAGUAUACGCAUCAGCUGGAGUAGUGUGGGUUACUAUAGGGAUGUUGAUAUGCGAUAGGAUUGGGCGCCGGAAGCUUCUUCUGACAGGGUUCAUCGGACAAGGUUUAACGCUCCUCGUCGAAGCUCUCCUGCAGUGGAAGUAUCUUGAUACCCACAACCAGCCCGGUCUCAGCGCCUGUGUCGCCUUCCUCUUCGUGUACAUGCUGUUCUUUAACAUGUGCACAGAUGGACCAUCCUGGGCCUGGAUUGCUGAAGUUUUCCCAACGACCGCGCGCUCACGCGGAAUUGGUCUAGGGCUGUUUUCUUACUUUGUCGGAACUAUCAUCUACACUACACCCGGUGCAUUGGCGUUCAGAAACAUUAAGUACAACCUGUUCUAUCUGUACUUCGGACUUUGCAUGAUAUCCGCCGUUGUCAUAUACUUCUAUAUCCCGGAAACACGGCAUGUUCCAGUUGAAGAGCUCGGGGCCCUCUUUGGGGAUGCUGUCGUCGUGCAUCUCACCCCAGAUGGACAUGGUAUUCUGGAGGAGAAGGGACCGGUCGCAGAGAUUGUGGAAGAUGUCGCCCUAGAGCGUAAGCCGAGUGCCCUAUGA